AUGAAAAUUCUAAUAGUAAUAUCUUCCGUUUUACUUACAAACGCUUUUAUCAAAGCUACAGAAAUUGAUAAUAAGCUUUUAAAAUGUUUAGUUUGUAGAUCAACAAUAAAAGAAAUUGAAGUAGAACUAGCAAAAAUUGAUCCUUCAAGAGAAAUUGAAGUAGGUAAUUACAGAUUAGAUGCAGAAGGAAAUGUUAUUCAUAAAAAGAUUCCACUUGCUCAAUCUGAGGUAUAUAUAUCUGACAUUUUGGAUAAUAUUUGUGAAAAAAUGUCAGACUAUGUAAGAGCAACAUAUAAGUCAAAUGGAAAAUUAACAAUCUUAAAUUUAAUGGGUCCAUCUGGUGGUAUGAAUCCUGAAAUGAGUGAAGUUGAUAUUAUUCAGGAUGGUGAUUUAAAUAAAAGUUUAAAAUAUUAUUGUGAAGGAAUAGUGGAAGAAUUUGAAGACAUUAUGAUUUCAUUAUUUACUAGGAAAGAAAAUAAUGUUAAAGAACAAUUAUGUACAAAUGUUACAAAUUUAUGCAAUUCUGUAGAUUUUUAUCAGGAAGAUGAUGAUGUUGAGGAAAAUGAUGAAAAUGAAGAACACGAUGAACUGUAA